AUUUAAUAUUGUACAAGUAGGUAACCAACCAUUAAAAAAAUGCUUCUUUGUAAAGUUUGUCUUGUGUUGUGUUUGAGCUAUAAUUUUAUUAAGAUAACCAAGGGAGCAGAUACCAAAAUACCUGACUAUAUCCACGUAUGUAAAAGGACAGAUCCAAAAGUAGAUGAAUGCAUAAUACAAUCUGUGGACCAAUUGAGGCCGAAAUUGGCGCAAGGUAUUCCUGAAAUCAACGCUCCCGCUAUAGAACCGUUUUACCUGCACAAUCUGACAAUUUUUGGCGGGGCCAAUCAGACGCAGGAUGGUUUCUUAGCCAACUUAUACAACUUCGAAAUUAGCGGUUGUAGCAACUUUCAAAUUAACAGUUUAAACGUCAAUGUGGAUAAAUUGAUCAUACGGUGCGAUUUGACUUUCCCUGUAUUAAAUUUUCUAGCCGACUACAAUAUAGAUGGUAAAAUUAUAUUUUUAAAGCUGCAAGGGAACGGGAAAUUUAAAGGAAAUGCGACGAACGUACAAGCAAGAACUAUAAUGAGAGCGAAUAUCGUCGAAAAUGGCGAUCGCAAACAAAUGAAGUUCAACCAUAUGGACGUCAAGGUCAAAGUUGGCGAUUACAGUGUUGUUCUUGAGAAUCUUUUUGGUGGCGAUCCUGUCUUAGGGAAAGCUACCAAUGAUGUCAUCAAUGACGCUAAAGAAGAAAUGCUUGGAGUUGUAAUACCUUUAUUGGAAAAAGAGUUUUCUAAAAUCAUUAUUGAUUUUUCGAACAGAAUUACAAGUAGAUUCGACUAUGAUAACAUUUUCCCCGUGUAAGAAUUUUUUUGCAGGA